AUGAAUGCAGGCAUUCCCUUUAGGGUGUUCUUCCUCUUUGCAAAUGUUUUGGUGAACAGAGCUACAACGAAGGGUGCAAGUAAGAAAGAAACAGCGUCUCCGAGUACCGCGGGUUUGUCCAAGGAGACAAUUAUCGCUGUUGGUGCCGGGGGCGGAGGAGGGGUGCUGCUGGUUACUAUCAUUGUCGCAGUGGUCUGUGUGAAAAAGAAAGGCAAGGGGAAUUCCACUUCAGAAAGUGCCACUGAAGGUGUUCAGAAAGACUUCAUACAAGAGAUGGAGACAAUGACAUCAUUGGUGCCACAUGAAAACGUAGUGAAGCUGCUGGGUUAUUCUAAAACAGCUCCAGUUUUUAUUGCCCUUGAGUUUAUGGCUAACGGGAGUCUGAAGACGUUCUUAUGCAGUAGUCGCAGUGAUAAUAUCUACGGGAACCUGCACGGUGGAAGCAGUAGACUGACGUCCAGAGACCUCCUCACUUUUGCUGAACAUGUAGCUAAGGGAAUGUCACAUGUUGCUAAGUAUGGGUUUCUUCACCGUGAUCUUGCUGCCCGCAAUGUCCUCGUCAGUGAGUCCCUUGUGUGCAAAGUGGCAGAUUUUGGACUCGCGAGAGAUGUGAUUGAGAGUCGAGAGUACCUGAGUAAAUUGCAGGGCCCCCUACCGGUGAGAUGGAUGGCCCCAGAGUCUCUGUCAGACAGUUUGUACACCACAAAGAGUGACGUGUGGGCCUAUGGUAUACUGCUCUGGGAGAUUGUAACCCUGGGAGCGACACCUUACCCCACCAUGGUUUCAGCGAGAGAUUUACUGAAAGAAAUUGACCAAGGUUACAGAAUGGAGAAACCAAAACACUGUACACCGGAAUUAUACCGUCUCAUGACGUGGUGUUGGGAACGAGAUCCCGGACGUCGUCCGACAUUUGAGGAGUUGGUUGUCCACCUGGAAAAAUUACUGAGAGAAGAGGUGACCACUCACGUCGAUCUGAACCAGUUGUCUGAGAACGCCUAUGGCAACAUUGAGAACAGGAUAAAGGGAGAGAAACUGUGA